GCGACCAUCAUCUAUCCACUGGAUUUCCAUCGCGCCCGGCUUCCAUCCAGAACAUAUGAAUUUGCUCAGACAGACCCUUUUGAGGAGUUGAACAGAUAGGUCGGAGAAAAUGGCACAACGCGUAAUUUUGUUUCUACUGUGGCUCUUUGACAGAUCAUUCGCAGGAUUUCCCAAUCAGAUUAAUAUCGGGGGACUGUUCAUGCGUUCCACGGUGCAGGAGCACAGCGCGUUCAGGUUCGCUGUCCAACUCUACAACACCAACCAAAACACCACUGAAAAGCCUUUCCACCUCAACUACAAUGUCGACAACCUCGAGUCGUCCAACAGCUUUUCAGUCACCCAUGCGUUCUGCUCCCAGUUCUCCCGCGGAGUGUACGCAAUCUUCGGAUUCUACGACAAGAAGUCCAUGAACACCUUGACCUCUUUCUGCGGCGCCCUGCACACCUCCUUUGUCACACCCAGUUACCCCACCGAUAAUGAGGUGCAGUUUGUCAUCCAGAUGCGCCCCGCCCUCCGGGGUGCUGUUCUCAGCCUGCUCUCUCACUACAAGUGGCAGAAGUUUGUCUACCUCUACGACACCGACCGAGGUUUCUCUAUACUGCAGGCCAUCAUGGAGGCAGCAGUGGCUAACAACUGGCAGGUGACCGCUCGCUCUGUUAGUGGCACAACAGACGCAGCAGAGUUCAAGCGCAUCAUUGAGGAGAUGGACAGGAGGCAAGAGAAGCGCUUUGUGAUUGACUGUGAGGUGGACAGGAUCAACACCAUACUAGAACAGGUUGUGACCCUGGGAAAGAACAGCCGUGGUUACCACUACAUUCUGGCCAAUCUUGGAUUUACUAAUGUAAGCUUGGACAGUUUCGCUGGUGGAGCCAACAUCUCAGGGUUUCAGAUAGUCAACCCUGAGAACCCGAUUGUGCAGCAGUUUAUGCAGCGCUGGGAGCGGCUAGAUGAAAGAGAAUUCCCAGAAGCCCGCAACACUCCUCUGAAGUAUACUUCAGCUCUGACCCAUGAUGCCAUUCUGGUGAUAGCAGAGGCCUUCAGGUACCUGCGGCGCCAGCGUGUGGACGUCUCUCGCCGGGGAAGCGCUGGAGACUGUCUAGCCAAUCCCGCUGUACCUUGGAGCCAAGGCAUCGACAUCGAGAGAGCUCUCAAAACGGUCCAAGUGCAGGGUAUGACUGGGAACAUCCAGUUUGACAACUACGGCCGCAGGACCAACUACACCAUAGAUGUUUAUGAGAUGAAAACAGGGGGGCCGAGGAAGAUUGGGUACUGGAACGAGUACGCGCGAUUUGUAAAUAUUAUGGACCCGCAGGUCUCCAACGACUCCUCAGUGGAAAACCGAACGAUUGUGGUCACUACUAUUAUGGAAGCUCCUUAUGUGAUGUACAAGAAAAAUUAUAUGCAUCUGGAUGGGAAUGACAGAUAUGAAGGCUACUGCGUCGAUUUAGCAUCUGAGAUUGCCAAACAUGUUGGAAUUAAGUACAAACUGUCUAUAGUAAUGGAUGGGAAGUACGGAGCCCGAGACCCCGAGACCAAGACGUGGAACGGGAUGGUGGGUGAACUGGUCUAUGGGAGGGCAGAUAUAGCUGUUGCACCUCUCACCAUUACUCUGGUUCGAGAGGAGGUGAUAGACUUUUCCAAGCCCUUUAUGAGCUUGGGCAUCUCCAUUAUGAUAAAGAAGCCGCAAAAGUCCAAGCCUGGCGUUUUCUCCUUCCUGGACCCGCUGGCCUAUGAGAUCUGGAUGUGUAUAGUGUUUGCCUAUAUUGGGGUGAGCGUGGUCCUGUUCCUGGUCAGUCGGUUCAGUCCUUACGAGUGGAACCUCGAGGAACAGGAUGAGACCAAAGACCCCCAGACGCCCCCUGAUCCUCCCAAUGACUUUGGCAUCUUCAAUUCUUUGUGGUUCUCACUGGGCGCCUUCAUGCAGCAGGGCUGCGACAUCUCCCCCAGGUCUCUCUCGGGCCGUAUCGUCGGUGGUGUGUGGUGGUUCUUCACCCUCAUCAUCAUCUCCUCCUACACAGCCAACCUGGCUGCCUUCUUGACAGUGGAGAGGAUGGUCUCUCCUAUAGAAAGUGCCGAAGAUUUAGCCAAGCAGACAGAGAUAGCAUAUGGCACUCUGGACUCAGGCUCCACAAAGGAGUUUUUUAGGCGAUCCAAAAUAGCGGUGUAUGAGAAGAUGUGGUCAUACAUGAAAUCCGCUGAGCCCUCAGUGUUUGUUAAGACCACGCCCGAUGGCGUAGCCCGGGUACGAAAGUCAAAGGGCAAGUUCGCCUUUCUCCUCGAGUCCACCAUGAAUGAGUACAUCGAGCAGCGGAAGCCCUGCGACACCAUGAAAGUGGGCGGGAACCUCGACUCAAAAGGAUACGGUGUGGCGACGCCCAAAGGCUCAGCAUUAAGAAAUGCUGUUAACCUGGCAGUUUUAAAACUGAAUGAGCAAGGCCUCUUGGACAAAUUGAAAAACAAAUGGUGGUACGACAAGGGAGAGUGCGGCAGCGGGGGAGGUGACUCCAAGGACAAGACAAGUGCUCUCAGCCUAAGCAAUGUGGCUGGUGUCUUCUAUAUUCUGGUUGGAGGGCUGGGGCUGGCCAUGAUGGUGGCUCUGAUAGAGUUCUGUUAUAAAUCACGGCAAGAAACCAAACGGCUGAAAUUGGCCAAGAAUGCCCAGAAUUUUAAGCCGGCUCCCCCGACCAACACCCAGAACUUUGCCACAUACAGAGAAGGCUACAACGUAUACGGAACCGAGAGCGUUAAGAUCUAGAGGUUUAGGAAACAUUUCCAUUGUCCCUUACAACUGUGACUGAACAUCUAUGAAAGGACAGGAUCACGGGGAUUGAGCUCCAAGCCAAAUCCUCUCGGGCGGACACGGCACGAUAAUCUGCAAUGACGACACGACUGGACUGGUCACGGGAAGAGCCGAUGCGGUUCCCUCCUCUCAGUGCCUUAUGGAACUCUGAGUCCAAUCAAUGCAACUCAUUCACAAUGAUAUUGCUUUUUGCUUCAAACUCAUACAAAACAGAAGAAUGGUGCAGUGAUUGAAAUAUAUAGAUAUAUAUAUAUAUGUAAAACAUUUGACGUUACAAUGAAUGAGAGAACUAAAGCCAUCCUUUGCAACCCUAAGCACACUUUGAAGUGCCAGAGAGACGAUGAAUCUUACAUGACAAGUGUCUAAUUGGUUUCUUGUAAUCAAUAUGAUCCGAUUACUCUUCAUCCUUCUGCUGCCAGAUUUUCACUGGUUAUAUGUGUUCAGAUAAUUUUAUUAGAUCUAUUCAGUGCACUGUAAGACACUGGUUAUUAGACUAUAGCUUUUAUACUACUGUAAGUCACUAAUACUGACCUUGUACUUGUUUUAAAAGACAGAUUGAUCUUAUUGGAGGUAAACGCCAUUCAGCCCAAAACAAUUACGAGUGUGUUGUUUGUACUCUAAACACUGGUGCUGCUGCCACUGUCUUCUGAACGUUUGAUGGGACUAAUAAAGAUGAGAAGAUGAUCUGGUUUGGCUUCUACGCACUCCAGAACCAGUUCAUAAUUCGCACUUCCAAUACUGCCAAGAGUGUGUUUUGUAUGACAAAGGAGUGUAUAACGCAAAGUGUUCAUGCUUGAGUAAAAAAAAAAAAAAAUCUGUUUGUGAACUACAGUUUGUAAAAUAUCAAAGGAGCUCUGACUCGCUGAGGUUCAACGCUCCAAAG